AUGUUUAGAUCAUUACUUUUGCCGGCAUUGCGUUCUAUUAGACCAACCAUUUCUGGAUCUUUAACUGCCACUCUUAUCAAACCAACAUCAAUAUCUACUAUACAAUUUUUCUCCACAUCAUCAAUAAAUCAUCGAGUUAAUACAUCUACUGCAACUAAAGAAAAUGUUCAAGAUUUAGAGACAUUUUUAACUCUUAUUGGACGUAAUUGUAUUGAAUUUAAAGAUUCAUUUGAAAAUGAUUUAAAUAAAUUUUUAGAAACAAGUUCUGAAGAAAUGAAAGAAAUGGGAAUUGAUACUAAAACAAGAAGAUAUUUAUUAAGAUGGAGACAUAAAUUUGUUAAUGAUUUAGAACCUUUAAGAGUUCAUAAACAAGGUAAAAAGAAAAAUGGAGGUGAAAGAAAUUCUAAAACUGUUAUUGCUAAAAGAAAAGCUUUGGAAAGAUUGGAAGAAAAGGAAAGAUUUGCUCAAGAAGAAUUGGAAGCUGAAAAGAGAGGUGAAAGAUUAUUUUAA